AACGCAUGCCAGUUUUUUAUUUAACCGUGGAGGCGUCAAUCAAUUCACACCGACUUCUGUGGUCUAGCCUUGGCUGACUCUCAGUACUUGCGACACAAUUAAACAAAAAUCUGCGAAGUUGAAGGCGUCGUUGAGGUUGGAUGUUUCUAAGGUAAUCUUGGUUCCAUAUAGUGCUUAACCUUUGGAAUUGGUAGGAUCAGUUUCUGCUAUAUUCUAUUGUAAUUCCAGUGGAGGCUAUGGCCAGCAGAGGAGCAUCUAGGCCAAAUGGUCAAUCACAAGCCAGCAAAAUCUGUCAGUUCAAACUUGUAUUACUUGGGGAGUCGGCUGUGGGAAAGUCCAGUCUGGUGCUGCGAUUUGUUAAAGGACAAUUCCAUGAAUACCAGGAAAGCACGAUUGGUGCUGCAUUUCUCACACAAUCUGUCUGCUUGGAUGACACGACAGUGAAGUUUGAGAUCUGGGACACUGCUGGUCAAGAGCGGUAUCACAGUCUAGCUCCCAUGUAUUACAGAGGUGCUCAGGCUGCCAUUGUAGUCUACGAUAUCACCAAUCAGGAGACAUUUGCAAGAGCUAAGACAUGGGUGAAGGAGCUGCAGCGACAAGCAAGUCCCAGUAUUGUUAUAGCACUGUCAGGAAAUAAGGCAGAUCUGGCAAACAAAAGGAUGGUGGAAUAUGAGGAAGCACAAGCAUAUGCAGAUGACAACAGUUUGUUGUUCAUGGAGACUUCAGCAAAGACAGCAAUGAAUGUUAAUGACCUAUUUUUGGCAAUAGCCAAGAAGUUGCCAAAGAGUGAACUCCAGAAUGUCAGUGGAGCAGCUGGGCGCAACAGAGGUGUGGAUCUCCAUGAGCCGUCUCAGCAGAACAAAAGCCAGUGUUGUAGCAACUAAGAGAAUGAUGAAGGGAGCUUGCUCCAGUUAACAGCUGCACAUUUGAUAAGAAGUGGAAAUUCAGUCUCUCCAUCCAUGCCUGUUUUUGCAGUGCUUUGGUCAAGAAAGUACCUGCAGAAUGGAUAUGGAACUUAAACCAGUCUUUACUUUGUAUUAUAGAUGCAAAUAUCAACCUUUUACCCUCUUAAAUGAUGUUCAUGUGGAUACACUUAUCUCUAGAACACCAAUUCUUCAAAACCUGUUUUAAACAUUGUACGUUAAGAAUUUGCUCAAAUUCCAGUGGUGUAACUUUGUUUGCAUUUAGCACAAAAGCUGCAGUAUCCCCACUUAUAAAUUCAUGCCCUGUAUUUUUAAACUGCACAUAAGAUUAAAUCAGUAUUUACAUAAGCUUUGGCUGAUGGGUGAUUUUUGCAGCUCUGAAAAUUGUAGGAAUUGGCUUUUUCUAGGAUGGCAAGUGUAAAAGUGGUUCUGUACUGAACAGUAGGUUAGUUAUCCUAGAGGAGAAAUUGGCUGCUAAAAUCUGUUAAACUCUGGCUACUAGUUAUUGGUGCAAUAAGAUUGUAGGUCACUGAAUACUUGAGCAUUGUGUAUACUUCUGAAUUAACAGGUUUUUAGUUAAAACUACUGUAGGUGGCUCCUUGGUUUUCAAUGGUUUGGGGAAAAUUGGGUUCUGUCAGCAUGGGGCUUUAACUCUACACUGUUCUCAUUCUCUGUACUGCUUGUAUUGGGUAAAUUGUAUGAGGCAUGCAAUUUAAAAAAGAAAAAAGAAAAAAAGUAAACCAUCAAAGAUGCCACAAAAUUAAUGCAUGGGUCAGAAACAAUGAAUGGAUGCUCAAAACUGAGCUGUAAUUUGGCAUGUGCUCUUGAUGGCCUGUCAUAAAUUGGCUAUUUAAUGAACCUUUUUAUGGAGUAGGAACUGUUGAACAAGCUCUAUACUGACAUGACCACUCCAUGUCCUGAAUAGUUCAGUCCACUUGCUCGAAAAAAAAAUUUGGUUCUGGUUUCUGGAGUAGGGCAUGACGAAAGUGACACCUACAGAGCACUUUGGUUUGCUACCUGACACUGUCAAAGCUGGGUUCAGUACUGCAGCAUCUGUUGAAAAGAACCGGUCUCAUUGGAUGCACCACAAGGUGGGAGAUUUUACUUUCUUGAUGAACUAUUUUUUAAGCAUUUCAGUAAUUUUGGCUACAUGUUUGAACUCUGGCAGUGAUCCAAUAAAAGAAUUUAAGUUCUAUGGCUUUAUCAGUUCCUCUUGGAUUUAGUUUCUGCUAUAGAAAUUGAAAGCACUGCUCAUUCUGGCUAUGCAGUAGGGUACUGCAGCUUUAACUUCCAGUACCAUGCCUUAAUUUUGCCCGGUUACUUUGACUUCCACAAAUACUUAACUUCAAAAGAUAAAUUGAAUUUGUUGAAUAUUUGAUGUUCUUUCUCUUUCUCUACACUAACCGUCACUUGCAAACACUUGAACUGAUGCAACCUGAAAUAUUUGACAUAGAGAUAGUUUCUUUGUUUUGGUUUGCAUAGGAACACCAUUCACUUUUUGAAAUGAAUUAAUUGAAUGGUCUUGGAGUGUGGAUUAUUUUACAAAUUACCAUUUGCAGUGCAGCAACCAAGAAAUUUUUGUAGCAAUUCCAGUAUUUUCUUUCCUGUUGAACAUUUAUAGGAUGAAAACAAGUCAGUUCCCUUGCAACUACAAAGCUAACACUUAAACCAGGUUUGUUCUUGUCUGUAAUUUUGUGGAAUUGGUUAGAAGAGGCCUGAUUUGGACGGUUUGUUGAUGUUCAGCUGCAACUGUCUGCAGUGUAGGUAGAAAUUGGCCCAAAGCCAAACACUAUCAAUAAAUUAGUUUAAAUUUGGAACAUCUAAAGAAUCUUCAAAAAAAGAUGGAGUUUUAAAUUGAGCCUUUUCUCAGUUUUUUUUGGGCACAUAAUGAAUGAUUAGACCUUGAAUAGGAAUUUACUGUUCUGAUGCACUUUAGUGGUUUUCUCGAUGUAUUUGUCUAAUCUGGUGCCUCAUUGCCCAUCUUUGUACUCAUGCAAAUCCAGGCACUGACAAUAUUCCAAAAUUUGAUAUUCUGUAGUUGAUACUGAAGGGGGCAGGGGGGAGGAAAAUGGGUUUGUCACUUGGGCAUUGAUUCCAAAUGGACAUGAUUUUUUUUUAAUUCACUUUUAUCAAAUCUUUUGAAGUGUAGUUGUAAUGUUGCUUCUUUUUUUUUUGGUAAUGUAGUUUGGUUCUUGCAAUCCAGACUGCUCUUAUCAAAUGUCUUCAUAUGGCUAGAUGUUCUUUUAUGGUAGCUGUCAUGGUUGGGGAGAAUGCAUUUUGUACUAAAAUCACUUGCAUCAGUGUACAAGACUGACUAGAUUUCUACUAAUAGCAUUAACCCACUAAUCCUGAUUAUAUUUUUCCCUCUCUCCAACUGGAAGUGAACAGUGCAGUUAUGGGCAUUUGAUUUUUAAAAUAACCACUAUGCAGAUCCUGAAAGGUUGCAUUUCAUGGCAAGGAACUGGUCAAAUGACCUGUCAAUAUGAUGUCACAAUUCAUUAUACAAUUUACUGUUUUUGUAAUUAAGCCAUCUUAAACUUGUUGCAAUUAAACCAUGUGCAUCCUAAUUGACAGAUGGCCAUCUAAUACGUUGUAACUUUUUUUUGGGAUUUAAUUACUGAGUAAGUUUGGUGCAUCCUAAUGAGGGCACUUGGCCACAUGUAUUUGAGAUGACCUGGAUUUGUGCAUUGAGGGCUGCAUUUUGUAUGUUAUCCUUAAAGAUUAAAAAUUAUUGCAUAGAAA